AUUAAGAAAAGAAAAAUGGGAGUUGUUUUUGACGCUCCAACUAGAGAGUGUCAACAAGAAGAAGCUCAGUGGGUGGAAGCUGAAGAAUCUUCACGAUUUCGCCGGAAGUCUCGCCGGAUCCUUGUCUCAUCCCCUUCUCGACGGGCCCUCACCCACUGUGAGUAAUACCCAUCUCCCAAUCUCUGCUGCUGAGCUCCGUUUAGUCUCUUGUUGCCUGUCGGGGCUUUUCUUGAACGAACAAGAACGGAGCAGAUCCCACCCCCAUGAAAGAUUCGAACCCGGAAGGAGUACAGCCCAUAGGGCAGAAUCUGAUUAAGGUCAUCAGCAAUGUCUGCUUCUCGGGGUUCGUGUUCCUGGUCUUGAUUUUCACCGCCAUCGCCGUCACCUACCAGCCCCCAGAUCCGUGGCUCGAUUCCGCUCCUGCCCUCGCCAAGCUCUUCACCCAAAACGGCAAUGCCACCUUCAAAAACGACAACUCGAUUCUCCGGACCGGCGAGGACUUGGCGAGCUCGGCAGGCCCCCCUGUUCUCCCCCCUAAGGCUGCUGCUGCAGCUGCAGCUGCCCCGGCCAUCACCGAGGCUGUGAUCGAGAAGGCCGAGGAGAAAAUCGAAAACUCGACCGUUAAAUCAGGUCCUGCUGCCCCGGCCUGUGAUGGGCUGGCGGGAAAGGCGAUUAAUUGCUCGGACCCGCGGGUGCUGAUUGCAAUCGAAAGGUUCAAUCUUCGAGCUUUUAAGUCAAUUGUGUUUCUUGAUUACCAGACACCAGUUAAUGGGUCGAAACCCAAUGAGUGCGAUGUUAUGUGGAGGUUUAGGAACAAGAGGGAGAGGUCUUGGAGGAAGUAUAGGGAUUACAGGAGGUUUAAGAUCCGUGUCAAAGAGGAUUGCAACUAUAAGGUGGUCCACCCCGGAGGCUGGCAUUCGGGUGUUAAUGCCCGUCGGGCUUGGAUCGGCAGUCGACCUAAUGCCGCAAAGAAGGGGGGAAAUAAUAGAAAAGUUUCACCUCCUGUUAGCAAGGAUGAUCAGAUCAAUGAUACGAUCCCAACUUUGGGAUCUGAUUCGAGUUUUAGGAAGGGCAAGUACUUGUACUAUUCUCGGGGAGGGGACUACUGUAAGGGUAUGAACCAUUAUAUGUGGAGUUUCUUAUGCGGGCUUGGGGAGGCUAUGUUCUUGAACCGGACGUUCGUGAUGGACUUGAACAUUUGCUUGGCUGCGACUUAUAACCCAAGCAAUAAGGACGAGGAGGGGAAAGACUUCCGGUUUUAUUUCGAUUUCGAGCACUUGAAGGAGGUUGCUUCGAUCGUGGAGGAGGGCGAGUUCUUGAGAGACUGGAAGAAGUGGGACCGGACUCACAAGAAGAAGAUCCCUCUGAGGAAGGUCCCGUCCUACAAGACUACUUCGAUGCAGCUCAAGAAGGACAAGAGCACAAUCAUAUGGAGGCAAUUUGAUGGCCCCGAGCCCAACAACUACUGGUACCGAGUCUGCGAGGGCCAAGCUGGGAAUUUUAUCAAAAGGCCAUGGCGGGCUCUGUGGAAGUCCAAGAGGCUGAUGAACAUAGUGUCUGAAAUAAGCGGGAGAAUGGACUGGGACUUCGAUGCAGUCCAUGUGGUUCGGGGAGAGAAGGCUCGGAACAAGGAGCUGUGGCCCCACCUGGACUCCGAUACCUCCCCUGAUGCAAUUCUUGAGAAACUCAAAGGGGCAAUUCAGCCUUGGAGGAAUCUGUACAUCGCCACCAAUGAGCCCUUCUACAAUUACUUCGACAAGCUGAGGUCUCAGUAUAAGGUUCACUUGCUCAACGAUUAUAAGGAAUUGUGGGGGAACACGAGCGAUUGGUACAAUGAGACGACAGCUCUAAAUAAUGGACGGCCUGUGGAAUUUGAUGGGUAUAUGAGAGUCGCUGUGGACACGGAGGUUCUCUAUAGGGCAAAGACGAGGGUGGAGACAUUCUAUAACUUGACAAGAGAUUGCAAGGAUGGCAUCAAUACCUGCUAAGUAAUUAUUGGUUGGAGAUAGAGAUAGAGAUACCUCUGCUGAUUCUUUGAUAACCGAUGGGAAAAGUUUUUGUGUCUCUUCUUGUUUAUGCCUGUAGUCUAAGGAUUCGGAUUCUUGGGGAGAUAUCGUUUAGUAUAUGCCUGUUCUUUUGUUGCAUUGAUUGAUGAUCAGCGAUAUGUGGGAUGUGGGAAUUCGAUGUGUAUCAUAUGUUCAAAUUAUUGCAUGUUGGUGUAUCUUCUGAGUCUCUGA